GUCUUUGAAGAGACCUACACAUUUGUGUACACUGUGAAUCAGAAAAGUAAAAUUACAAGGUAAAUUUAAUUGUACUUUUUUCUUUUUUAUAUUAGUUAAUAGUGAAAUAUUAUAAAAUCCUCGUUUAUAAUGAGCCGAAAUCGCCCGCUAACAGAUAAAGAAUUAUUAGAUUUAAUAGAAGCCAGAUUAUCGGACAUUGAAGGACUCAGUGACGGCGAAUUCAAUGAAGAUGAUGGCUUUGAUUUUGAUCCUGAAGAAUUACAAGCAAUGAACGAUGAGGAGGAAGAGGCUGAACCUGUUCCCAGCACACCUGUAACUCAACAACGUGAAGAGACUGAGCAGCUAGAACAAGCAGAACCUAAACCUGUUCCCAACAUAAUGGCAAAAACUCUACAAAAGUCGAAGAAAUCCAAUAUAGAAGACUAUUUGGAAAACAAUGGUCUUUCAAAGAAGAAGGAUAUAUUCUGGCGAAAAAAUUUACAGUAUAUCACUCCACCGAUAAAGUGGCACGUUAGAGAAGAAGAACCAGUAGUUCAGCUAGAAAGCCCAGCGUUUUUUUUUCUGUAAUUAUUUUGCAGAUAUUUUCCAACCCAUGAUGGAAUAUACAAAUUUUUACGCUGUUCAGCAACAAACCCGCUUUGUUCCUACGACGGU